AUGACAGGGAAGCGCCCCCACCCCGACGAUGCCUACGCCGCCGACCACAAGCGCUCGCGCUCAAACAACGCUUCGCCGGCGCCGCCUGCCAAUGGAGCUGACGCGAAGCCCGACUUCGCAAAGGCCAUGGCUGAAGCUCGCGCGCGUGCAGCAACCAUGAGAGCUCGAAAGGAAGCUCAAAAUGGCGCUGCCGUGUCGCCGUCUCCUUCACCAGCUCCGGGCACUCCUGCCUCGGCCUCGCCUCCUGCGUCGAGCGCCCUGGACGCUGCCCGCCAGAAGAUCGAAGCGAUGAAGGCCCGCGUAGCCGCCGCCACCAAGCGAGUCUCUACCCCGACACCACAGCCUCCGGAUUUUGAGGAUACCGCGUCGCGCGCGAGGGGAGGGUUGAACAUCGGCCUCCAUCCCGCUUUGCUUGGAGAUGCUGGCACUGGAGGCGCGAAGGGGAAGCAGGCCAUCCAGCCAAAGUUUGCGACGACAAUGGCAAAUAGGCGGACAGAGUCGCCCGCGCAGAGGGACAAGAAACAAUUGGACUUGGCUCCACCGAACUUGGAAGAACUGAGGAAGAAUCCCUACUAUGAUCCCAAUGUCGGAAGUGCCACUGCAAAAGGCAGGAAUUCCAAGCAGCUCGUCUUCAACCAGAAGGGAAAGUUUAUCCAGCAGGCCAAUGCCCUGCGAAGGCAGGAGGCGCUUGAGCAGAUGAAGAAGAAAAUUGCCGACCAGGCAAAGAAGGUCGGACUCGACGAGGCUAACGACAAGAACUUCUUGGUCCCAGCUCCGCCGGCGGUAGAGUGGUGGGACGAGGGACUGGUUGGCUCGGAAUACGACAUGGAGAAAGCUAAGCUGGACAGCCCCGACUCCAUCAUCACAUUAUACGUGCAACAUCCGGUUCUCUUGGAGCCACCGCAAGAGAAGAAGAACCCCGGUCUCAAACCGCUUCCCCUCACAAAGAAGGAGCAGGCGAAGCUUCGUCGCCAACGGCGUAUGGCGGAGCAUAAGGAGCAACAAGCCAAGAUCCGGCUGGGAUUGGAACCGCCUCCUCCUCCCAAGGUCAAAAAGUCGAAUUUGAUGCGCGUGUUGGGAGAGCAGGCAGUGAAGGAUCCGACGGCUGUGGAAGCACGUGUGAACCGCGAGAUUGCAGAGCGCGCGGAAAAGCACGAGCGGGACAACCAGGCGCGCAAGCUUACCAAGGAACAACGACUCGAGAAGCUUGCGGCCAACCAAGAAACAGAUGCAUCCAAGGGCAUCAUCAUGUGUGUGUUCAAGGUCGACAACCUUUGCUUUGGCAAGCAUAGGUACCAAAUCGACGUCAACGCCAAGCAGAGCGCGCUUACUGGCAUCGCCAUCUUGAACCCGAAAUACAACCUGAUCAUCGUCGAGGGCGGUGCACACUCAAUUCGGUUCUACAAGAAACUGCUCAUGCAACGCAUAAAGUGGACAGAGAAUGCUCAGCCGCAGAGCGUGCGCGAAGGGAACAGGGAAGCAGAAGCGGCGUGGCAACAGUCGGUAGAUGAGAAUGGGGAGCUGAAGGAUCUGAGCUACAACAAGUGCACACUCAUCUGGGAGGGUGAGGAAAGGGACCGCGCCUUUAGGAAGUGGUUUGGACUGAAGGUGUGUGAGUCGGACGGUGAGGCGAAAGAGGCGUUGACGAGGUCGAAGAUGGAGAACAUGUGGACUCUGGCGAAGACCUUCCAGGAGUGA